UCAUGAAAUGACAACAAAAGCUGGAGGAGUGCAACCUUCACGGGCACAAAUUUACAUUGAUACUCGAACUAGAAAAGAUGGAAGUAUUGUGACUGAAAGUGCAGCAUAUGUGAUUGAAGAGUUAAAGAAGCAUAUGGUAGAGGAGGAAGGCAGCUCACAUGAUUCUCAAGCCACCAAAGAUUCUACAAGCUGGAAGAAUGAUUCUUAUUCAAAGGUUAAAGGACCUGAAAAGAGAGGACGAGUGCGUUGUCUUGGCAAGCUUCCCCGGCAUGCUAGUUCUAGCUCCAAUGCAGAUAAUAGAGUUGCAACAUUAGAGAAUUUGCUUGGAAAUCUAUCGUGA